CGCAAUAUAUUCAAAUGUAUACAAUUCUUGGACGAUGUCGUGCAAGAAUUUCUUUGAGCAGAACCUUUUCCGUAGCUGCUCAAGUUGAAACGAAUAGCGAUAUAAGUAUACUUAAUAAUAAAUAUCCUAUGGAUAAAUGGACGAAUGUCACUCCAAACAUUAUAUCAAAAGUAGGAAAAAAUUUACACAUUACUCCAUACCAUCCUUUGUCUCAUAUUCGUCAACGUAUAGUUAACUAUUUUUACACGCAAUUUCAUAAUCGUAUUGGAAAUCCAGUGUUCAGUGUAUAUGAUAACGUAUCUCCUAUAGUUACAGUAGCUCAAAAUUUUGAUUCGCUUCUUGUACCAAAAGAUCAUCCAAGUAGGAGAAAAACAGAUUGUUAUUAUAUAAAUCAAGAUACUUUGUUAAGGGCGCAUACAACUGCUCAUCAGACUGAAUUAAUUUCAAUGGGAUUGAAUAAUUUUAUUGUAAUAGGAGAUGUUUAUCGUAAAGAUGAAAUAGACGCUACGCAUUAUCCAGUUUUUCAUCAAGCAGAUGCUGUUAGAUUAUGCACAAAAGAUGAGGUAUUUGAAAAUGUAAAUGGUUCUGAUGAACUGAAAUUAUUUGAACAUAAUGGAAUAGAAACUAACGACAAACAAGGUUGUCAUACUUUAGAAUCAAUAAAAAUAAUGGAGCAUGAAUUGAAAAACACUUUGACAGGUUUAGCACAGGCACUUUUUGGACCAGAUGUACAAUGCAAAUGGGUUGAGCAAUAUUUUCCUUUUACUCACCCAUCAUGGGAAUUAGAAGUUUAUUAUAGAGAUCAGUGGCUUGAAAUAUUAGGAUGUGGUAUUAUGCGUCAGGAAAUUUUGCAAAAUGCAGGAGUAACAGAACGUAUUGGAUGGGCAUUUGGAUUAGGCUUAGAAAGAAUAGCUAUGCGUUUAUAUGAUAUCCCUGAUAUAAGAUUAUUUUGGAGCACAGACAGUGGUUUUUUGAACCAAUUUAAAGUUGAAGAUCCUAAUGCAAUAAUAACAUACAAGCCAAUUAGCAUUUAUCCUCAAUGUAGAAACGAUAUAAGUUUUUGGUUGCCCGAAAAUCGACCUUAUUCAACACACGACUUUUAUGACAUAGUAAGGAAUGUUGGUGGUGAUAGAAUAGAACAGGUUCUACUAAAAGAUGAAUUUACUCAUCCUAAAACUAAAAGAUUGUCACACUGUUAUACAAUAGUGUACAGACACAUGGAACGUACAUUAUCAAAAAGAGAAGUAAACACUAUUCACAAUAAUAUAGGAAGGCUUGCUAGUGAAAAAUUGAAUGUUGAAGUCAGAUAAAAAAAGAAAUAAAUUUAAUAAACAAACCA